AGCCCAACCGAGCCAGGCCUAGUGCAGCCCAGCCGAGCGGUGCCGAGCAUGGCGCGGAUGCCCGGCCGGGCGCUGCCCUGGCUGCUGCUUCUCCUGUGCCUCCUGCCCGCCGCAGAGCCAGUGGCCGUGAUGUCGGUGGACGUGGGCAGCGAGUCGAUGAAGAUCGCCAUCGUGAAGCCCGGGGUACCCAUGGAGAUCGUGCUGAACAAGGAGUCACGAAGGAAAACACCCGUGGCUGUUUCUUUGAAGGAGAACGAGCGUCUCUUCGGUGAUAGCGCUUUGGGGAUGUCCAUAAGGACGCCCAAGGUGGCAUUCCGGUACUUCCAGGAUCUGCUGGGGAAGCGAAUGGAUAACCCCCACGUGGCACUGUACCAGUCCCGCUUCCCAGAGCAUGAACUGGUGAAGGAUGAGACAAGGCAGACCGUUAUCUUCAAGCUGUCCCCAACAACACAGUAUUCUCCUGAGGAGAUGCUGGGGAUGGUCCUGAACUAUUCACGUGGUCUGGCUGAGGAAUUUGCAGAGCAGCCUAUCAAGGACGUGGUGAUCACAGUUCCUGCCUACUUCAACCAGGCGGAGAGGAGGGCGGUUCUGCACGCUGCCCGCAUGGCUGACCUCAAGGUGCUGCAGCUCAUCAACGACAACACGGCUGUAGCACUCAACUAUGGGGUCUUUAGGAGGAAAGACAUCAAUGCCACUGCACAGAAUAUCAUGUUUUACGACAUGGGAGCAGGAAGCACCAUUUGUACUAUUGUUACAUAUCAGACAGUGAAAACUAAGGACUCAGGAACUCAACCUCAAUUGCAGAUCCAGGGCAUUGGGUUUGACCGUACUCUUGGAGGUUUAGAGAUGGAGCUUCGUCUCCGGGACUACUUGGCAAAGCUCUUUAAUGAGCAGCACCCUUCAAAAGAUGUCCGGAAGAAUCCCCGGGCCAUGGCCAAGCUGCUGAAGGAGGCCAACCGCCUGAAAACUGUGCUCAGUGCCAACGCUGACCACAUGGCACAGAUUGAGGGACUACUGGAUGACAUCGACUUCAAAGCCAAGGUCUCAAGGCAAGAAUUUGAGGAUUUGUGCUCUGACUUGUUCAAGCGCGUCCCAGGACCUGUGCAACAGGCUCUGAGCAGUGCAGAGAUGAACAUGGAUGGAAUUGACCAGGUGAUUCUAGUUGGCGGUGCCACACGGGUCCCCAAAGUGCAGGAGGUUUUGCUGAAAGCUGUGGGCAAAGAAGAGCUGGGCAAGAAUAUCAAUGCUGAUGAGGCUGCUGCUAUGGGUGCAGUCUACCAGGCAGCUGCUCUGAGCAAAGCCUUUAAGGUGAAGCCCUUCGUUGUUCGGGAUGCUGCUGUGUUUCCUAUCCAGGUGGAGUUUACUCGUGAAGUUGAGGAGGAUGAUAAAUCGAGGAGUUUAAAGCAUAACAAGCGGAUUUUGUUCCAGCGCAUGGCGCCCUAUCCCCAGCGCAAAGUGAUCACUUUCAACCGCUACACAGAUGACUUUGAGUUCUACGUCAACUAUGGGGAUCUGACAUUCCUGAGCCAGGAUGACCUGCGAGUUUUUGGUUCUCUUAAUCUCACCACUGUGAGGCUAAAGGGAGUCGGGGAGAGUUUCAAGAAGCACUCAGAUUAUGAAUCCAAAGGCAUCAAAGCUCACUUCAACAUGGAUGAGAGUGGAGUACUGAGUCUUGACCGGGUGGAAUCUGUGUUUGAGACCUCGGUGGAAGACAAGCUGGAGGAGGAGUCAACACUGACAAAACUUGGAAACACCAUCUCAAGCCUGUUUGGGGGUGGCGGCCCUACACCAGAGACCGGAGAGAACCUGACAGACUCUGUUCAGGAAGAGGAAGAGAGCCUAGCAGAAACAGGUAAAGAAGAGCAGGGUGAGAAACAAGACCAGAAAAGCAGUACUGAAGAUGCUGGUGAAGAGCAGGGAGAAGAGAAACAGCAGUCUCCAGGCCAGGCAGAAACUGCCUCUCCGAAAGCAGAGUCACAGAAAAAGGAAGAAGGCGAGAAAUUAGAGCCUCAGGAUCCUAAAGAAAACAGAGAAACUGCAAAAGAGGAAGAACUGUCCAAAAGUUCUGGUGACAGCACAGCUGCCAAAACAGAGGAAGAGAAGAAGAUCAAAGCACCCAAGAAGCAGAAGCUUGUCCAUGAGGUCACCAUGGAGGUGGAUGUAAACGAUGUGCCUGACCUGGUCGAAGAUGAACUGAAGAGCUCAAUGAAAAAACUCCAAGACUUGACGAUCAGAGAUCUAGAGAAACAGGAAAGGGAAAAAUCGGCCAACAGCUUGGAGUCAUUCAUCUUUGAGACCCAGGACAAGCUUUACCAAGAGGAGUAUCAGUUUGUCUCAACAGAGGAGCAGAGAGAAGAAAUUUCCAAAAAGCUUAAUGAGGCUUCCAGUUGGAUGGAGGAGGAGGGCUAUGCAGCUGCAACGAAGGAGCUGAAAGACAAGCUUUCAGAGCUGAAAAAGCUUUGUAGGAACCUCUUCUUCCGUGUCGAGGAAAGGAGAAAGUGGCCAGAACGUCUGGCUGCCCUAGAAAGUCUGCUCAACCACUCCACCAUCUUUCUCAAGGGAGCCCGAAUGAUUCCAGAGUCUGACCAGAUAUUCACAGAAGUGGAACUGAGUACACUGGAAAAAGCCAUCAAUGAAACAACGAUCUGGAAAAAUGAGACGCUGGCUGAACAGAACAAGCUCUCUCCUACUGAGAAACCUGUGCUGCUGUCCAAAGAUAUAGAGCUCAAGAUAGCAGCCCUUGACAGGGAAGUGCAGUAUCUCCUGAAUAAGGCCAAGUUUGCAAAACCCAAACCCAAAAGGGAGAAAAACGCCACAAAAACCGAUUCAGCCAAGAAUGCUACAGCAGCCCCUGAGACUGAGAACACUAUCCCUCCCACGGAGGGGAAACAAGAAGACAAACUGGAGGAUAUUGGUCCAGCCAAGGAACCUCCUACAGCUGAGAAAGCAGCAAUAGAUGCUGAGCCUGGAUCAGACUCUGGGUCCAAAAAUGAGAAGACAGAAGCUAGAGGAGAAAGCAGGAAAAAUGAUGAGUUGUAACACCCUGAAAUCUCACGAAUGUCAGCAUCUAUUUAUUUCAUUGUUACUUUCUUGUUUUUCUCAUGGACCUGGUUAGUCAUGAUGUAAAUGGAACACAACAAGAGUCUGACAACACAAUGGGAUAGAGAUGUAAAUUUAUUUUUUUGUUCUUUCUGGGGAUUUUGCCGCUACUAACUUAGUGAAUUGGUUUUUAUUUUUCUUUUCUUAUGUGUGGCAGAGUGCCCACCAAGAAUUAUCUCUGUUUCAGUACAGAAGUCACCAAAGUGACUUUUCUGUGGGGAGAAAGCAGCAAAGAAACAACUUAAGCUUUAGGAAGUAACUUGGAACAUAAACUCUGCCCUCCUCUGGUGAAGAUGAUUCGCAGGAGGAUAUAGAGCUGAGGUGCUCUUGUCUUUGCAUAUGAGGCUCUGACUUACAGCAAGUAUGCGAUUUCAGCUGGUGGGAAGUGUAUUAUUGUUUGGAUUCAUGGGAAGGCUGAACAGAACUGGGGAGGCAGAUGAUCCGUGCUUUGAGAUACGGCUGUGUCUGUUUUCCAGAGGCUGUUUGUUAAAACCAUCUGUCUGUGCUCUGUAAUAGAGUCCAAAAACUAUGACAUGAGACUUGACAAAAAGAUUCUGUUUAUAGUUUAAGAAGUUCAGAAAAGGCAACACUGAAUGCUGAGGAGAGGGAAAGAAGGGCUGUGUUGGCACACCCUGUAGUCACAGGGAUGGCGAUACGGACCAAAGGGUAGGCAAAACCAAACCUGGAAAAUGUAAUGGCAACUGCCCUCCUUCCUUGGCAUCUUGUGCACUCAGACCAGCUUCAUCGUGACCCUCCCUGUCCUGGCCGUGGCCUCCUGCCCCCCUCGGACCGUCGCUGCUGCUGCCACACAGACAAAUGGGGUCCGACGGCCGCGAAUGUGCAUCUGACGUUGUUCUCCGUUUGGGCCUCUUCAACCAAAAAUAAAAACUACAGUUCCUGAGA